AUGGAACUCGUCCCGCCAUCCUACGAGUCCGCCACCGACCGAGAUGCGUGGGUCAUCAUCGCCCACUACAUCCCAUCGAGUGAUCUGUGCGCAGCAUCCCUAGUCUGUCACCGAUGGCACGAUCUUUUCAUGCCGUUUCUGUGGGGAGAUCCUGCCUCACACUUUGGCACGGAAAAUGAUGCGGUCUAUGUUGCACUCACAAGGUUCCGCAGAACUCUCAAGUAUGCCAGGCGUGAGGUGCGGGCGAUGACCCAUACCCUGCAUCUCCCUCCAGCUCUCUCGGAGAUUUAUGGAGGCCCCCGUCCGGGCUGGCUGAGAGAUAUAUUGGAGUAUCUGCCCUGUCUGCAAUCCUUGAUAGUUUCGAGGCUACCAUUCUUCGAUCACAAUGCUAUGUAUGCAUUGAAGAACCAUCAGAGUUCCACGGUGUAUAACGUCCGUCUGCUGCUAGCAGAUCAUGAGCCGAAUACGACCUCGGCGGGGUUGGCAGAGACCCUGCUUCGGUUUCCCUUGUUGACAUAUUUGGAUCUUUCGUAUACUUCUUCCGCGCGAGAUCGAAGUGUCUUAUCCGCCUUGUCUCAACUGGAGAAUCUCCAAGUGUUAAAGCUACGUGGCAUAGCCUUGAAGGAUGGCGAUGCCGAGUUUCUGGCUAAUGCGAUCGGGAAACGCGUUCGUUUCUUGGAUCUAAGCAAGAAUAUGCUCACAGAUAUGGCGGUUCGCUCCCUGUUGCAAGCUUCGUUCAUGACUCCGGAUCGUUCUCCCCAGCCACGUUCACGGCGUACUGAAUCUUCUGCUGAGCUUGCAUACCAAGAUUUCAUGAAGUCUCCCGACUUGGAUGAUCGAUUCCUCAAGCUUUUGGCCCAGCCGGUCAUGAAAAAUCACUGGAUCGAAGAUUUGCCGCGCACUGGUAUCACUCAUCUAUACAUCGCAAAUAACCAGAUCACGGUGGAGGGAGUAGCGAGUCUUCUAGCUUCAGCUCGUCUCCACGCUCUCGAUGCUGGCACGGUUCUCAGUGCAGAUAUGGUUCACAAAUCGAUAUCCUCGAAGCACGGAAACUAUCCCGGUGCUGAGAAGCUGGUGCCAUUACUGGGUAAUGUUGCCGGUGGAAACUUAACCUACUUUCGCGCACAUCAUGCGGUGCUCACGGCCGAGCCGCCAGCGAAAGAUGUGGCAUCGAAUGCUAGGUUCUUGCCCGAGCUUGCAGCUAGUGAAGUACCGCAUGAUUUUGAGCUGGACGACUCGCAGCAAGUCCCUCGUAAAGCCGAAUUGGAUGCUUCGCGGGAAAUUCAUGAAUUACCAGGCGGUGGGAGAUCCAUCUAUGAACUUGCAGAUACUUCUAUGAUAGAAUCGUCAAGCACAAUAGCAGCUCCCACUCCAUCUCGAGAGUUACGAAAUACUCACCAAGAUGAACCACUCCCUACGGUGCGGCGCGGAUCGGUUUUUGCGCCCGAAGUCAUUCAGACAAAUUCCAGUGGAGACGUCCAUUCCAUGAUAUUCAGCCCGACGAGGAUAGGGACGUCAAAGUCGCAUGCGUUUUCCGAGGGAGGCACUUUACCAUCUGCAUCGGGGACUUCGGCACACCCCGAUACAUUUCGUUCGAGCGUCUUCGAUUCAAACAUACCAUGUAGCUCUCCUGUUCCGACGGAAGAAACUCAUGCGGAAAAGAUCCAGGAACUUCUAGCAAAGCGCCCUCGGAACCAAUCUCUUCCUCUCCAGGGUGGGAAAGAAAGCCGGUUUCCCUACCUUCAUCCUUGUCAUAUUCCUCACCUGGAAACCCUUGUUUUGACCGAUGUGCCAUCACAUAUUCCACCCAACUCUCCGGUUCUGUACACUCUCACCCGAUUCAUCACAGCCUGUUCCAACGAAGCAUUACUAGCCACCCUUCAGGCCGGCUCAGAUUACUCCCUUCCACCGGGACAAGCACGCAAGCAUGCCGAGCAACAGCGGUCACGUUCUCUCUUUGGAUUACGACGGAUAGUCCUUGAAGUUGUGCCCACGGCUGCUUCAUCUCGACUCACCACAUGGAAACCUGCUAGUCAGCACAACGGCGUGACUAAUUCGAGCACUGGUGAUCGCGAUUCAGAGAACUUAUGGGCAGCGGCUUCUAAUGACUUCAGCUUCUUUGGCGAGGAAGAAUGCGGCAUCAUGGAGAAUGAUCCCGGAAAGUACUUCCCCAUGGCCGCACUGAAUGAGAAAGUGUCUCUUUUACCCUCGGACGACGACUCGACGCAGUCGGGCACAGAGUCUCCGUUGCCAGGCCGUCAGCACUCACGACGUAGUGAGGCAUCAACAACCUCGACAUCGGGUCCACAGCGACAAGCCGAGGUAAAUCAGCACCACUUGGUUCAGGACGUCGAUGUUGUGGCAGAACUGGCUGCCUUCCGUCGGAACAAAAAAGCCGAAUACGAACAGGCAGUGAGGCGAGAAAGAGGCCGUCGUAGUACGAACGCAUCAGGAGUCUCAGGCUUUCUCACGAUACCUGGGCCCCAUGUCUCGAUGGCCCAUUUCGUGGAAGGACAUUGGAAGGGAGAGGUCAAGAUUGUGCGCAAUCCUACCCCGAAGGUCCGCAGUGGGAUGGUGGAUAUGUAUGGGAACUACUUCGAAAAGGGAUAUUUAUACCCAUAA